AUGGGGAUCGGUCUCCCGCACCCGACAUGCCUGAAUACUUUGGAGGGGCUCGGCGACAAGGCCGAGGCGGAAUUAUGGCCAGGCUUCAAUCGCGAUGUUUGUCUCAAGGGCAAGAAUCCUGGCGCAGAUGAUUUUCCACUUGUGGAGAAGCACUUGCUCAUUCCUCUAUACGAAAAAUCGCAGAAGAUGGGGUUAAAAUUACCACCUUACAAGACAAUAAAGCCAUUAGUGCAUUCGAUUGUGAAGGACUGUGCGAAGAAGCAGAAGAUAAAUUUCUGCAAGAAAGCCGACCUUGAGAAAAUGAAGUCUUGUGCGGUCGGCAAAUUGAUGGAGUUCAUUAUGGGGCACUUGGACUUCGCGGACAAGUACGGGAACGAAGCCAAUUGCAAAAUGUUCAAGAAAAUCGUGGAAGAUGAAAAAAUGUGGGAUUGGGCGAAAAGAGUUGUCGGAAAUAUCGCAAAGACCAUUACUUGA